UGAAAAUGCUGUUAUCAAGGUCAUUUACUUAGUACAGUGGUCACCAACCUCUCUUUCCCGAUUCAAAAUGCAAGCUAAGACCUACCACGUUCCAUUCCUUAUAUAGCCAUUCUGUCUCAGCUCUUCAAAGUGGACAGCCUAGAUGCUGCUAAUAAUGGAAAUGGAACCAUAGUCAUGCUCCCACAGUCACAGGUUAGAAUAAACUCUUACCUCCCUAAUCUACAAUUCAACAGACUAGGAAUAGGACAUCUCAUCUGGUUCACUUGGUCUGAACUCUGCAAACGACCGAUCGUAAACGAGUGUCUACAAUGAAUCAGGUGAGUAACAUAUCCGCCUUUUCAUGAUCUGCGACGUGAAGGAAAUGUUUUCAAUGGAACGGAUGUGAAGGCAGAGUCUUUUCUUUCGGGACUUUAGGCAGAGUUGAAAUAUAACCGUCCGUUACCUCCAUAAUCUACAAUUCAACAGACUAGGAAUAGGACAUCUCAUCUGGUUCACUUGGUCUGAACUCUGCAAACGACCGACCGUAAACGAGUGUCUACAAUGAAUCAGGAAACACUCUCCCUCCAACCCUCCUCCCCCCUACCCCUCCCGGAGUCCCCGGGUCGUACCUCUCCUGGUAACACCUUACUGCUGGGUCUGAAGAGGGUGUCUGUGCGGUUGGUCGACUGCAGGAAAACACCGGCGCUAAGGGACAGUCCUAACUGUCACUCUCUCAGUAGAAGGGGCUUGUCAACUUGGGAGGCUGAUGCUGAGGAGGCAGAGAAAAGUCUCUCCAGAUCAGAACACCUCAAGAAACACCAGCAGAGACCCACACGGAAGAAACCUCACUGCUGCUCUGACUGUGGGAAGAGUUACACCUCUAAAGUAAACCUUAGAGGACACCAGAGAAUUCAUACUGGAGAGAAACCUCACUGCUGCUCCCAGUGUGGAGUGAGCCUCUCCUCUGCCAGUGCACUGGAAGGACACAUGCGGAUUCACACUGGAGAAAAACCAUACCAGUGCUCAGAAUGUGGGCAGAGAUUUAAAGACAACAGUGGUUUAAGGAUACACGAGAGAAUAAAACACACCGGCGAAAAACAACACUGUUGCUCUGACUGCGGGAAGAGAUUUGUUACAUCCCAACGCUUAAAAGCUCACUGGCGGAUUCACACUGGAGAGAGACCGUUCCAUUGCUCUGAGUGUGGGAAGAGUUUCAAACAAGCCUCAGCACUGUCUGAACACAAACUAAUACACACAGGAGAGAAGCCUCACCACUGUGAGCAGUGCGGUGGAAGCUAUUCCUCCGCUAAGUUACUCAGAAUACAUCAGAGGAUUCACACAGGGGAGAAACCUUACCAAUGCACUGACUGUGGGAAAAACUUCAGAUUUUUAUCUUCUUUAAGACGUCACCAGCUAAGACAUACUGGAGAAAAGCCCCACCAAUGUACUGAGUGUGGGAAGAGGUUUGCUGUUAAGACUGGACUCUUGCGACAUAACAUAGUGCACACUGGAGAGAAAGGAUACCAAUGUCCACAGUGUGGCAAGAAGCUAGGAUCAUCUAAUUCUCUAGAGCAGCAUAAGCGAACACACACUGGACAGAAACCCUUCCACUGUUCCCACUGUAAAUUAAGCUUUGCCACUAAUUCAGCCCUGUACAAACACCAGAUAAUUCACACAGGUGAGAAACCACACAGCUGCAAUGUUUGCCAGAGGAGAUUUGGACGGUCCGAUCACCUGAAAAUUCACAUGCAAAUUCACACAGGAGAAAAGCCAUACCACUGCUCUAAGUGCGAGCUGAGUUUCACUAACAACAGAUCUCUGAAAGAACAUGAGGUCAGACACACAGAAGAUAAACCUCACUGCUGCUCCCAAUGCGGUGCUAGUCUUUCCUCUGCCAGGGCACUGGAAGGACACAUGCGGAUUCACACUGGAGAGAAACCGUACAAGUGCUCUGAAUGUGGACAGAAGUUUGCACAUAGAACCGAUCUUGGGACACACCGAAGAAUACACACAGGAGAGAAACCCUAUCAGUGCUCUGACUGCAAGAAGAGCUUUCCAAGACUUGGCUCAUUAAAAAAUCACAUGUUCACACAUUCAGAGAAGAAGAUGUACCACUGCUCCCAGUGUGAGUCGAGCUGCACAACGCCAGACGCAUUGAGGAAACACCAGCUUAUACACACUGGAGAGAAGCCUUACCACUGCUCCCACUGUGACAAGAGCUUCCUUCGGCAACAGUCUCUCAAAGGACACGAGCAUAGUCACAAGGGAGAGAAACCGUUCUCUUGCUCAGACUGCGGGAACAACUUUGCCACAAUGGCAACCUUGCGAAUUCACCAGCGAAGACACACAGGAGAGAGGCCAUACCAAUGCCCUUUCCCUGACUGUGGGAAGAGUUUUGCCCAGGCCAGCGCCUUGAAAGUUCACAAGAGAAGGCACACAGGAGAGAAGCCGCACCACUGUGAUCAGUGUGGGAUGAGUUUUGUCACGUCAGGUGACUUGCAAACUCACUCCAAAAGAAGCCAUACUGCUGCACAGCCUGUGGACUCAGUUUUUCUAGAUCUGAUUACUUAAAGAUUCACCAGAGAGUCCACACAGGAGAGAGGCCAUACAGCUGCUCAGAGUGUGACAAGAUACACUUUGAAGAGUCACCUUACAAGACAACAGCAGAGACACACAGGAGAGAAACCUCACUACUGCGCAGAGUGCGGCAAGAGCUUCAAGUGUUUAAUGGACCUGAGAUGCCACGUUCAGCGCAAACAGUGGGACACCCUACCACUGCACCCUCUGAGCGCAGCUUCAGCUGCCCUCAGCAUCUGAAGUACCACCAGAUGACACACACGGGAGAGAAACCAUUCAUAUGCACCGACUGCGGGUGUGGUUUUGACGUACCACAGGAGGAUUCACAUCGGAGAGAAACCUCACAGCUGUGAUCAGUGUGACGAGAGUUUCAGUAAAAGGAGCAGUCUGCAAUCACACCAGCGGACACAUACAGAAGAGAAGCCUUACAGCUGUGAUGAAUGUGGGAAGAGAUUCACAAAUUCAGGAACUCUAGUUUCGCACAAGAGAAUGCACACCUGAGAGAAACCUUAUCACACACAGGUUUGAGGCCUAAUGGCUGUGCACAAGAGAACCCACACUGAUAGAUAUGCCUGGAUCAAAUAUGUAAUUUUGUAAAUGAUGGAACACAUUUUAUAGAAUGAGCAUCAUGGACACACAGUAACAACUGUGAAACAUGAAACACUUCUAGGUUGUCCUUGACAAUUCCCACAACUGAAACCACACAGGCUUUCACUCAGUGUUGUGGAUUUGACCAAAACCCAUAGUUUUUCAUUUAGGCUAAAACGUGACUCUUUGUCCCUCAGCACCAGAGAGCAGCAAGGAUACUCUCCCCUCCCCUCUACUCACUCUACACCAAUGACUGCACCUCAUACAACAGCCUCUGUCAAACUACUCUGGUAUCCAUUGUUACAUCACUCUGGUCAGUCUCCUCACCGACGGCCAUUAAUCCAUGUCAUGUGGAGAGGUCGACCGGCUAGUUUUUCAGAGCCACCGUGCUUCUAUGUUUGCAAUGUUUGGGGUUUUCGGCUUGGUUUCUGUAAAAGGACAUUGUGACUUCUGCUGAUGUAAAAAAGGGCUUUUAUAAAUUGUGAUUUAGAUUUUUCAUCAUUGUCACAAAGCCACACCCACAUUAGAAGUUCCCAAAUGAGAAAGUGUAAAUAUAUAUAAACGACAUUUACAUAAACAUUCAACAAAAUGAGUAUUUCUGUCAAGGUGCAAUAGAGCUGUCCAAUCCACAAGCGGCUCCUGGCAUGAUACAUAAAGCGGACAUUGCCAUUGGCUGCUCAGAGUCAAUAACAUCGUUUGAACUUUGAAACACGGCCUCAUGGGAUUGACUCUGUGCAGCCAAUGGCAAUGUCCGCUUUAUUUAUCAUGCCAGGAGCCGCUUGUGGAUUGGACAGCUCUAUUGCAGUUCCGCCAAAACAACCGCUAUGCAGAUGGAAACGGAUCUGAUUGAAUCCAGCCCGGAGAACGGACACAUUUCUCAACAUGCUCACAACUUGUCGUUGGAUACAAAUGAUAAACAUUAAGGCUAGAUUCUACCUUAACCCGCGAUAUCCGACAACUGCAGAGUCGUUUCAUUGGAUACAAAUGAUAAACAUUAAGGCCAGAUUCUACCUUAACCCGCGAUAUCCGACAACUGCAGAGUCGUUUCAUUGGAUACAAAUGAUAAACAACAUUAAGGCUAGAUUCUACCUUAACCCGCGAUAUCCGACAACUGCAGAGUCGUUUCAUUGGAUACAAAUGAUAAACAUUAAGGCUAGAUUCUGCCUUAACCCGCGAUAUCCGACAACUGCAGAGUCGUUUCAUUGGAUACAAAUGAUAAACAUUAAGGCUAGAUUCUACCUUAACCCGCGAUAUCCGACAACUGCAGAGUCGUUUCAUUGGAUACAAAUGAUAAACAUUAAGGCUAGAUUCUGCCUUAACCCGCGAUAUCCGACAACUGCAGAGUCGUUUCAUUGGAUACAAAUGAUAAACAACAUUAAGGCUAGAUUCUACCUUAACCCGCGAUAUCCGACAACUGCCGAGUCGUUUCAUUGGAUACAAAUGAUAAACAUUAAGGCUGGAUUCUACCUUAACCCGCGAUAUCCGACAACUGCAGAGUCGUUUCAUUGGAUACAAAUGAUAAACAUUAAGGCUGGAUUCUACCUUAACCCGCGAUAUCCGACAACUGCAGAGUCGUUUCAUUGUUUUUAUUCCGGUGAUGUCCGAGGUGUAACCACAUUAGAGCUGUCCAAUCAGAAACCUGCUGUAAUAUCAUCACGGAUGUUGCCAUUGGAUAAUCUCAUGCGGUCUUUUUAGAUUCAAAUGUUCGUUGUAAUCUACACCUUGAUUAGCCUGAUAUAAUGCUGUAAUCUACACCUUGAUUAGCCUGAUAUAAUGCUGUAAUCUACACCUUGAUUAGCCUGAU